AUGAAAUUCAACUUCGCAGCCUUAUACUUGAUUCUUCUAGCUACCAGUAUACUGGCAGUUCCAACACUAAAAGAAGAUGCUAAAGACUUAGAUAAGCGUACUCCUGGACAUGAUCAUUGGGAACAUGAACACAAAGGACAUGAUCAUUUGGAACAUGGAUACAAGGAACAUAAAAGAGGAGAACAUGAAAAAGGACAUGGGGAUCAUGGACAUGAGGAUCAUAGAGAUUAUGGAUAUGAACAUGGUGGACAUUGGGAACAUAAGAAGGGACAUGAAGGACAUGGACAUGGGGACCAUGGACAUGGGAACCAUGGGCAUGAGGAUCAUGGAUAUGACGGAUACAGACAUGGUGGACAUUGGGAACAUAAGAGAGGACACGGGGGACAUGGCCAUGGAGAACAUGAACAUUGGGAACAUGAACAUAAAGAACAUGAAUAUUAG